CUGGUGUGGAGCUAUAUCAGUCCUAAGCUGAGCCCAGAGAUCGCCGAACUUCCCCCGUAUCGUGGAGGUGAUCUCAAGAAGGGUGCCAACCUCUUCAAGACCCGUUGCGCUCAGUGCCACACCGUCGAGAAGGACGGCGGCAACAAGAUCGGCCCUGCCCUGCACGGCCUCUGGGGCCGCAAGACCGGUUCCGUCGAGGGUUACUCCUACACCGACGCCAACAAGCAGAAGGGUAUUGAGUGGAACGACAAGACUCUGUUCGACUACCUCGAGAACCCCAAGAAGUACAUCCCCGGUACCAAGAUGGCCUUCGGUGGUCUCAAGAAGGAGAAGGACCGCAACGACCUCAUUGCGUACGUCAAACCCUCUCAAGCUUUCCACCAACAACUCGAGUGGACUCAGCCGCUGACUUUUACCUGCUAG